GCAAUAUAAAUAUAUCAAGAUUGAUAGUGUUGAAGGUUGGUCGAAGUCUCGAGCAAAUUUAGUCAUAAACUGCCUGGAAUCAUGAAAGUAGCACUUCUUUUUCUUGCGUCUAUUACACUUGUGUCAGCAUUCAAACUAGAGAAUGCCAAAAGAGCUACACAUGCUGGGCAGUGUCCAACAGUUGACUCGAAUCUCUUUGGUAUAUGUAUGUUUGACCCUACUAUAAAUUGUCUUAGUGAUGAUGAAUGCCAACCAACGGAGAAAUGUUGUCCAAGUGGCUGCAACAAGAAGUGCACGACAUCUGUUCAUCAUCAAUUGCUUUUGUCCUAAACACUCAAUAACCUUAUAGACAAUGAUAAUUAUAUACUGUUGGCUAAAUCAUUAAAAAUAUUGCUAGAGCUAACUACUAUUUUUA